AUGAGCAAGUACUCUCUGUUGUUCAAUCAAGCCGCUAAAGAUGGUACCGACGCCUCCAGCAGCAGUGGUGGCAGCACUAGCUCAUCGGCGCAGGCUAGCACCACGAAUGCUAGCAGCCCGGGUCCCUUGGAUUCGGCCGUGCCAUCUCCGGCCACUGCGACUCCACCGCGGCGCCGCCUGAUCCACCGUCGUCGCGGCUGUGUUGGCGCAGCAGAAGCGUCAUCGUUAUCGUUGCCUGAGCCGCCUCAGCAGCCGCAUCAGGAGGGGCAUGAGAAUGUGAUGAGCGACUCGGUGCAUCAUGGCAGCAGCAGCGGCAUAACAGAGAGCGGUUCAAAUGUGCUGGCCACACCUGGCAGUGGUUCUGUUACGUCUGCCGCGCCGGACAUCGCUUUCAAGGUUCCAUCACCGCCCGUGGCAUCAGCGUCGCCGUCGUUGGAGGGCACAGCUGCGCUGGAAUCGGACGGUGACGUGGUGAUAGAUGACAUGAUAAAGGACCAGGAAGGCAACAGCGACGGGAGCACGGGCGCGACUAGCGCGGCAGCCGCAGGACACGUUUUGAGGUCUGAUGGCGACUCUCCUCUCACCAGCGGUGGCCCUGACCCUCUGCCGCCCGCCGCCUCAUGCUCGUCUGCGUCCCAACACAUCCCGCCGCGUCUCUUUACGUGUGACAUGUGCUUGCACUACGUCUCCACCUCGUACGAGGCCCUCGAGCAGCAUGCGCUCGAGCAGCAUGGCGACGCGUUGGCCGACUACACCCGUCUGCGCAGUGUCGCAGAAAAGCUGGUGCCAGUGUGGGGUGAAGUUCUGCAGCGGAAGGCGUCUGUCGUCCAGCAAUGGGGUGAGAGGAUCUUCGCCGUUGCCGUGCAGCGCGAUGCGGGGGCGGAGAAGAUGGCCGAAGCUCACCGGGCAAGGGCGCAGCUGGAACUAGUCGUGCAGCGCUGGCACCCGCGGGCGAAGGUGUUCAUCUUUGGCAGCGCCGUCGCAUUUGGUGUGUGGGACGGCAUCUCUGACAUCGACUUUACCGUCGUGGACGUCGAGGAGUUGGAGGCGGGGACGUGGCCGCCCUCAGAGAAGAACGCGGUGCGCAGCAUCACAGAGCUGCUGCGCCGCGCCGGCUUCUCCUUCAUCAACCUGGAGCCGAUCAGCCACGCAAGAGUGCCGAUCAUUAAGCACCACGCUUCGCUGCCGAUCCGACUGACCGAUGAACAGCGGCACCGCCUGCAUGAAGAGGCGCGGCAGUCCGCGGCGGCGGUCGAUUUGGCGGCGGCAGAGUCGCUCCCGUCGUCGUCGCCGUCGAGUGCACAAGAGACGCCAGCUGAGAAGGACCACACACAGCUCGAGGCGGAGCUCAUCAUUGCGCGCAGCGUGCGUUACUCGUUCAACCUGCCGGCUGGGCCGCCCGACAGCGCCAUCCUGGAGGCGAGCGUUCGGCUGGCUGUGGGGUCGGCGGCGGUUCAGCAGGUGUGGUGGAACCGCACGCGCGACAUGUGCUGCAUGACGUUUGACACGACAACGAACGCCGUCAACGCCUCAACGUGCCCGCUGCACUUUACGUCGGCUGGCAUGCGAGCACGGGUGCAGCCGCUGCACGAGGAGUGCCGGCCUGAGCUGUACGGUAUGGAUUUUGACCUCAGCUUCCGCGCAUUCGGCAUCCGCAACUCGCACCUGCUGCGGCGCUACCUGCUCAGCCACCCAUGCGCGCGACCCGGUGCUCUGGUACUGAAGGACUGGUCCAAGACGAGCGGCGUCAACAACUCGGUCAACGGAUAUCUGACAAGCUAUGCCAUCAACAUAAUGUGGAUCUACUACCUCGUGCAUCGCGGCGUCAUUCCAUACGUGUGCCCGACGCGCGACAUCCCGGCGUCGCUGCGGCGCAACGUUGACGCCGACCCACAGUACGCGGCCAUGGUGGACCCGGCGUGGACGCCGGAGGAGCGUGCCGCCAUGGAGGCGCAGGCAGGUGAGUUGCUGCUCGGCUUCUUCUACUAUUACGCUUUCGAGUUUGACUGGGCCAACCACGUCGUCUCGCUGAACCGUCCAGGUGUGACGACGAAGGCCGCGCUUGGCUGGGACGUGGAGGACGUGGCGCAGGCGAGCGGGUCUGUGCCGCACUUUGGCGUCACUGGCUGGCAGUAUCAGCACAACCUCGCCGGUGCGGAGGGGCAACACGGCGAUGCGCACGGCGGGACCGCUCCGGCUGCCUCUCAGACAAGGCCAUCAGUAGGGCACGACGGGAUGCUUGCCAGCAACGCGAGCAUGUCAGCCCGCCGCAGCCGCGCGACGACACGCUACUCCUUCUGCAUUGAAGAUCCGUACGAGGAAAACCUCAACCUUGGGCGGCACAUGGGCGUCACCAAGACGCUGCGCGUCCAUACAGAGCUCUACCGCGGCCUGCUGUCGCUGCUCAAAGAUGAUCUGCAGCACUGCUGUGUGUUCGCGGCUAGCGUGAACUCGUCCGGCAGCACCGGCAGCAACGCUGCCACGGUUAGUAGUGCUGCUGAGCCUGCAACAGCGGCAGCCAAGACCUCUGCUGAACCCACGGAGCUGCCGGUGCGCGUGCUGUAUAAGCUUAUGGCAGUCUCGACCCGCGAGCUCGCCAUGGCGCGCAGGCGGCAUUCUGCCGCUGUCACUGCCGGUGCUGAAUUCCCCGGUGUUUGGCUCAGCGACCUCGAGGCCGCCUUUUUGGCGCAGGCGCCGACCGAAUGGAAGCUGGCGACACAGGUGUGGAACAAGCAUCAGCUACUGCACCGACUCGGGCUGAAGCUGCACGCCAGAGAGUACGUGCUGCCUCGGCGGGAGGUCGGCGUGCGGCGCUUGGCCGCUAAGGCACCACCGGGGGUGGUGCUGGCCAGCACACCGGAGCCGACGUUCAAUGCCGAGGAGGUCGCCGCCGCUGCCGCGGAGGGUGAGCGAGCACCGUCUUCAACUGAGCACGCCCCGGUCUCCAGUGCAGAGGUGACACAGAUGAAUCAGGCGUUUCUCGGCGCCUUACCCGUACGCCGCCUACCAGAGGACCUGCUGCUGGCCAUGACGAAGGGGUAUUCUUGCCUGACCCCCAGCUGGGUCGCAUGGACGAAGCCGUGGGCGGCAUUGUCAGCGUGGUGGACCGACCGCCUACACAGCCCAAGCACAACGCCGCAGAGUGAGGGCCCACUUGCAUCCGGCGCAUCCGAACAGGGGGGUGUCAUCCCUUCUCUACCUCCCGGUGCACCGCGACACAUCUCUGCGAUGCCAGAGAAAUCGGCAGGGGCGAUGCACCAGACGCGAACAAAACUGCGGCGACACGUAGUGGCUGAGACAGCAAGUGUGUCAGCUGGCCGUCGAGCGCUGCGCAUGCUGUUUCGCUGA